AUUGUCUGAUACGAUCUCUAUCUUCUAUUUGUUGUCUUUGUUCUGUACCUCACACUCACACACUCACUUACUCAAACACACUCAUGGCUUGCUCAGUUCCCUCUGCUUCUCUCAUCUCGUCCAACCCUAACAUCCUUUUCUCUCCCAAAUUCCCUUCUUCCCUUUCUUCCCUCUCCAUUCCCAAUUCCUCUAACUCUCUUUGCAAACCUUUACGCACUUCUCUCCCUCCCUCUGUUUCUCUCACCCGCCCUUCUCAUUCUCUUCGCAGCUUCGUUGUCAGGGCUUCCCGUGAACUUCCAUUAGUUGGGAAUACAGCACCGGAUUUUGAAGCAGAGGCUGUUUUUGAUCAGGAGUUUAUCAAGGUCAAACUAUCUGAAUAUAUUGGGAAGAAGUAUGUUAUCCUCUUUUUCUACCCAUUGGACUUCACAUUUGUUUGUCCAACAGAGAUUACUGCUUUCAGUGACCGGUAUGCAGAGUUUGAGAAACUAAAUACGGAGGUAUUGGGUGUUUCAGUUGACAGUGUGUUUUCGCACCUUGCAUGGGUUCAAACAGAUAGAAAGUCUGGUGGUCUUGGCGACUUGAAGUAUCCUUUGAUUUCUGAUAUCACCAAAUCCAUAUCAAAAUCUUAUGAUGUUCUCAUUCCUGAUCAGGGGAUUGCGCUGAGAGGUUUGUUCAUUAUUGACAAGGAAGGGGUUAUUCAGCAUUCUACCAUUAACAACCUGGCUAUUGGUAGAAGUGUUGAUGAGACAUUGAGAACACUUCAGGCCUUGCAAUAUGUGCAGGAGAACCCAGAUGAAGUUUGCCCUGCUGGGUGGAAACCUGGUGAGAAGUCCAUGAAACCAGACCCUAAACUUAGCAAAGAGUACUUCGCUGCGAUUUAGGGAGGACGAUAGUUAAGAGUAGCAAAUGCUCAUUUGUAUCAAUUAAGGGUGUAAAAAAGAUCUUGUAUAAUGUGAUUCGAGUUUUUUGAAAUUAUUGAGUGGCAGGGCCUGGUUAAUAGUUAUAAUUGCAUACCGCUUUACCUGAUUGGUUUUUGGAACAAAUUAUGCAUUAAUUUUACCAUUUCUUCAUUUAUGAUGUAUAUCACGAUUGUUUAUGGACAAUACAUUAAUAAUGGAGAUAUAAACAGUCGUACUUAUG